AUGGUAGUUGGCCAAGGAUGGGAUUUGGGUGCCCUCGGCCGCAAUCUCCAGGGAGAUGUGGAGGGCCUCACCGGUUUUGGAUUUUGUGAUGGGUGGGUGAGGGCAGCAAAACACCUCCUGGGCGCCACCGGUGUCGGAGGUGGUGGCGACCGGGGCCGCGGCACCGCCGGUAUGGGAGGAGAAGAAGCAGUGGAGGUCGGAGGCGGGGCGGUUGACGCCCUGGCGAGUGUCAAUGCCCUUGGCAAAGACGACAAUGUCGGUGGGGGUGGAAAGGGCCUCAUAGACGAGGCGGAUCCACCUGAUCAUCUCGGAGGUGGGAUCGUGGCCGUCAGAAAUGGGGGCGGCAGCGGUGGGGUUGAUGAGUCGAGGGGUGUAGAAGGGACGGAGGCGGCAGAUGUUUGUGGGGAUGGGGCAGCGAAAGGCGGUGCGGGCGGGGGAGGUGGGGAGGAUUCCGAUGAAGCCAGUGGGGGAGACGGCGCCGUUGUGAAAGAGGUAGGAGAGGUUUCGAUGAUCGCCGCUGGCGACGGCAGCAGAAUGGAGGGGGAGAAUGAGGAAGGUCUCCUAGUCGGGGAAGAUGAUGGACUCCGAUGGAGGAGGGGAGAGGCGACUGGAUGGGUGGUGGAAGAGCUCGUGGACGGCGAAGUUGUGGCGGUGGAAGAGUGGCUGGGUGAGGGUGGUGAUGAGGGGGAAGGCCGCCACUGGGGGCGGCGGGCCAUCGAGGGUGGCGAAGGGGAGGAGGUCGCCGAAGAGGUGGAGGUAGAAGGAGCAGAUAACGGCGACAAAGAUGACGAUAGAAAGAAGCGACGUCAUGAAACUCCGUGGUAUCCUUCCAUUAGGGGAGGUGUACAAGGGAGUGAAAUGAGGACCAGAUGGAGGAGGAAAAUUAGCAGCAUUUUAUAG